CGCUCACCGCACAAAAAGAUUUGCAGAUACCAGCUGUCAGCAACAAAACACCGCUCACGUGUUUAUCAUUGCUGCGACCCACGAAUAAAAGUAUCCGGAAUGAAACUACAACUCGAGCGUUAUUGGUUCCGCCACUCAUUGUGACCGACACCAUUAAAUUAAUUGUCAAUCAUGCGCCUCAGGUGGCUGAAUAUUUAGCAAAUCCAGCACGUGUUUGAAAGGGCACGUCUAAUCGUUUCAUCACUCGAGAUUUCCCACUAUCUAAAAGUUAGUAACUUUAGCUGUUGGAAAUGCUGUGGUCCCUUUUACUGGUGUCAUGGUUUUGUGAAGGCUUGUGUUUAUAAGUGCAUGGAUUCCCUGUGAAUACACCGAAGGGUCGCACUGAUUUGCAGUUUGAUGAUGGUAAUAUUAACUCGUUGAAGAGUGGACCGCCUCCAAGUGAAACAGUGAUGGAUUUUGAGGGAGACUAUGCUGUACAGGAGGGGGAUGUCAUACUACCUACUGACAGGAACGCAGUGAAGCAACUGUGGCAGGAGGUGGAUGGAUAUAUGUCAGUGCCUUAUGAAAUUGAAUUAGCUCUUGAGCACAGGGUUGAGGAUGUUUAUAAAGCCUUAAAAAUGAUCUCUCAGAAGACCUGCGUCGGGUUCCAUCCACGUACUAAUGAAACCGACUACUUGCACUUUGAGCUCAGCAAUGGGUGUGCAUCUUACGUCGGCUGUGUGGGGGGUGAGCAGCCUGUCCUGGUCGGCCCGCUCUGUACGGUUGGGAACAUCUGCCACGAGAUCCUUCAUUCGCUCGGUUUUCACCACGAACAUUCCCGCCGAGACCGUGAUGAUUAUAUCACUAUAUUUUAUGAGAACAUUGCUUCUGGGAAACAGGACAAUUUUAGGGAGAAGGCAGGGAAGACCCUCGGUCUGGAGUAUGACCUGGAAUCAAUUUUGCAUUAUGGACCGAAUUAUUUCUCUCGCAAUGGAAAACCUACGAUUCUGCCCAAAAAGAGCGGGGUAAAGAUCGGUCAGAGGUCUCGCUUGAGUAAUCUGGAUGUGCAAAGGGUCCGGAAGCUGUACCAAUGUGGCAAGAGACAAAAGUACGGAGAGACCCUAUGAUGCAUCCAACCGCUCUGUUUCACUUUGUUCAAUGGUCAUUUGUUGAUCACUGAGGAAUUCUGAAUCUAAGAGGACAAAUAAAGGUUUGAAAA